UUUAAAACUAAAAAUAAGACGCAAACAAGUAAAAAAUAUGUGAAAAAGUUAAGAAAACUGUUCAACAUUUGGAAAAUUUUCAUGAAUAUCUAAUUUGAAUAUAAAAAGUGGUACAUGAAAACAAAACUGUAUACCGUCACAGGAGAAAUUCGUGCAAAGGUGAAGCUGCCGCAACUGCGUCACUCACUGGAAAUCGCAAGCAGAGCGAAAACGAGAAACCCAAGGAACGCGAAUUGAGUGAUAGAACAAAAACGGAUGAACAAAUUUUGUGUAAAAGUGCGUGUUGUUUUUGUUUGUGAGCAGUUGUAAACUACCGUAAAACAUAAUUGUUGAAACGAUUAUUAAAAAAUUGAAAACCUACAUGUAUAAAAUUUAAUAGAAAUAUAAAGUUUAUUAAACGUGAUUAGCGGAAUAAAAGGCACAGGUAGAAUCAAAAAAGAGCAGCAAAAACGUAAAGCAACGUAGCGUUUAAAAAGAAGGAGAAAAAGACAUUGGAAUUUGAUAAAUUGAAAAAAUUACAGGCAUUCCUUACAAAGAAGCAGAAGCUGACGAAUUAACAAAAGUAUCAAACAAGGAGAGAGUGAACGCCCUGCACGAUCCUGACUGCAGGAAAGCUGUAAAUCGGUGGCCCUGCUGGAAAAUCAAUUUUACCUACUGCACGUUAAUAGCAAAGGAACAUAAUUUGGUUGUAGAAAAAACUGCAUUAGCAACCACCUAAAUCCAAUCUUUCAACUACUGUCAUUGAUGCAGUCGAAGCAGCUGCUGCUGUUGCUUUAUUAUCAAUAGUAACCCUAGAAACAGAUUUUUAUCUUGUUUCAGGCUCGCGCAGAUAAAUAUUCCACUUAGCGGCACUUUGCCGCGGCCGCGAACUAGGUACACAUUUAUUGAUUUCAGAUCCAAAAUUCGACACUCCGAAAGUUCGGAAAAAUGGCGUACCGUAAACCGAAUGAUUUGGAUGGCUUCAUUCAAAUGAUGCCCAAAGCGGAUAUGAGAGUUAAGGCUCUGCUCGCUGAAGAUUUGGUCACAUUCCUGAGCGAUGAGACAAAUUCAAUUGUCUGCAUGGAUAUGGGUAUGCUGGUCGAUGGCCUUAUGCCUUGGUUGACCGGCAGCCAUUUCAAAAUAGCGCAAAAGUCAUUGGAAGCAUUUUCUGAGCUAAUAAAACGACUUGGACCUGAUUUUAAUGCAUACAGUGCCACAGUCCUACCGCAUGUAAUUGACCGUUUGGGCGAUAGCAAAGAUACAGUCCGUGAAAAAGCCCAGUUAUUAUUGCAAAUAGUGAUGGAGUACAAAGUGUUAACGCCACAAGCCACUAUCGACAAACUGGCCGCCUCUUGCUUUAAACACAAGAAUUCUAAAGUGCGUGAAGAAUUUUUGCAAACCAUCGUUAACACAUUGAACGAAUAUGGUACAUCCCAACUGAGUGUACGAACUUAUAUACAGCCGAUUAGCUCUUUGCUAGGCGAUCCUACAGCAACAGUGCGCGAUGCGGCCAUACAGACUCUUGUGGAAAUAUAUAAACACGUGGGCGAUCGUCUGCGUGCUGAUCUGCGAAAGAAAGAUGAGGUGCCAGCCUCGAAAUUAGCUAUACUUGAGCAAAAGUUUGAUCAAAUAAAAGCUGAGGGUCUGUUAUUGAAAUCCGCUUUGCUAACAACAGCAUCAGCAAAUAAUGGCCAUGAUGAGGCAGAUAACAUCAGCGUACGAGAUCGUCCGACAAAGAUUGUUAAGCGUACAGUGUCUGCAUCAAUGCGAGGUAAGCCAAACGGCUCAGAAUCCAGUGCAGGCGGUGAUGCUGGCGCCGUCACCAUGGAUAUAUUCGAAUCUUCCUUUGAAGUUGUGCCACAAUUAACUAUUUUUCACCCAAAAGACAUGGAUGACAUUUAUAGAAAUAUAAUCGUUGUGAUUAGCGAUAAGAAUGCCGAUUGGGAGAAACGCAUCGAUUCGUUGAAGAAAGUGCGUUCGUUAUUAAUGUUAAAUGUACAAUCACAGCCGCAAUUUGUUGCGCAGCUGAAAGAUCUUUCUAUUCCAUUCCUUGAUAUACUCAAGGAAGAGUUACGCUCCCAAGUAAUACGUGAGGCAUGUAUUACAAUAGCCUACAUGUCGAAGACGCUGCGCAAUAAGCUCGAACCCUUCUGCUUGGCGAUCCUAGAGGCACUAAUUAAUUUAAUUCAAAAUUCUGCUAAAGUAAUUGCCUCUUCGUCGACAAUCGCCCUAAAAUAUAUCAUCAAGUAUUCCCAUUCUCCGAAAAUGGUUAAGCUCAUAACUGAAACAUUGCAGCAGUCGAAGUCGAAGGAUAUACGCGGCGCUCUGUGUGAAAUGCUUUGUUUGAUGUUCGAUGAGUGGCCAACAAAAGCUCUGGAGCGCUGUGCUCAGCAACUUCGCGAUGUGCUCAAACGGUCUAUCGGAGAUGCAGAUAAUGAGGCACGCCGCCAUUCGCGUCGCGCCUAUUGGAAGUUUCGUCGACACUUUCCUGACCUUGCUGACCAAAUCUACACGACACUUGACAUUGCGUCACAGCGUGCAUUGGAACGCGAACGAGACGGCGGUAAUGUGCUGAUUGAAGCUGAACGCCGUUCUGCUGUAGCAACUACACGAUUCCAGCGUUCACCAGGCUCGCUGCAAAAGCCCGCUGCCGGAAUGCGUAGCGUGUCCGCUGUUGAUACCGCAGCUGCCCAGCGUGCCAAAGCACGUGCUCAGUACUCUUUUUAUCCGCGUAAAAAAUUAAGUGCGGUUAAUAAUGCAAGCUCGACCGGUAAUAGUACCGGCUCAACAGGCACGGCCGCCACUGGCUCUUUACCGCGACCACGGUAUAUGGGUGGGACAAGCACCGCUGGUGCUCCAGGCUCGCAAUCGUCAGUUGGCGUAACGCCUCGUACUCGCGGCAGAGCUGGUGUAUCGCAGUCACAACCUGGUUCUCGUUCCACCUCACCUAGCUCCAAGUUGCGAGAACAAUACGGAUAUAGACCAAUAACUGGUACCAUACCAAAAAAGGCGUCGGGCAUACCACGCUCAUUGACCAGCUCGCGCGAAACGAGUCCCACUCGCGUUGCCAUGAAACGAAGUAUAUAUUCUACGAAUAAUGCGACAGGUUCGGCACGUCGCACACCUGAGCGUAGCAAUUCGCGUUCAUUAGCUGCAGCACGCAUUUUGCAACAGAGCCGCGAGGCGGAGAACGCAUUAGCCGAUGCACUUUCACCUGAAGCGGAGCGCGUUAUUGACUAUGGCGAGUAUUCUCGUGGUUAUACCGCUGGUUUGCGAAUGGGUCGAAAGUUGUUGUCGCGCGACGAGUCCGACGACUCCGAGGCAUCGUCGGUGUGUUCGGAGCGGUCGUUUGAUUCGUCAAUGACGCGUGGCAACAAUUCGAAUUAUUCGCUCUCAGGCUCGCGAAAUCGACUAGACUGGAGUUGUACUCGCGCACCGUUCGACGACAUCGACACAAUUAUACAGUACUGCGCUUCUACACAUUGGUCUGAUCGUAAGGAUGGUGUUAUUAGUUUAACUCAGUACCUAGCCGACGGCAAUCAGCUAACACCACAGCAAUUACAAGCUGUUUUGGACAUGUUCCGAAAAUUAUUCAUGGAUCCACAUACUAAAGUGUAUUCACUGUUUCUCGAUGCAGUGACCGAGUUGAUACUUACUCAUGCCAGCGAACUGCAGGAUUGGCUCUUCGUUCUACUAACGCGUCUCUUUAAUAAACUCGGCACCGAGUUACUCAACUCUAUGCACAUUAAAAUCGGCAAGACAUUACAAGUAGUGCACGAAUAUUUCUCUACCGACCAGCAGCUGAGGGACGUCUUCCGCAUACUCGCCGACACGGCACAAACUCCAUGCACCAAAACCAAAAUAGCCAUACUAAAAUUCCUCACAGACUUGGCCACCAGUUACUGUAAGUCCACCGACUUUCCCUCCGAUGACGGACCGUUGGCGGUUGAUAAGGCUGUGCUGAAGAUUGUACAACAAGCUGGUGAUCCCAAAAGCAAGGAUCUACGUGAUCAAGCGCGUAAAUGUCUCAUAGCGCUAUACAACCGCAGCACACCACAGAUGACUAAAUUAUUAUCCAGCCUACCCAAGGGCUAUCAGGAUACUGCUAAGGCCAUUAUACAGUCGCACUUACGACGCAACAGCACUUCCGGCACAAAUUCACCAUCAUCACCACAUUCAAGUGCCAGUCCCAAACCGCUGCAGAGUCCAUCGCUCGGACCAUUCUCAUCACUACAGCCUCAAUACAGCACUACUAGUCCACGUUCGCGACAGUCGUCUGUCGACCAUGAACUCUACUCGGAGGCAGAUGUACAGCAUAAUAUACAUAAAACAUCGGAGGAAAUACGAAAUUGCUUCGGUGUUGGUGUAGGCCUCGAGACGACUACGAACAAUACGCGUCAGUAUCAUUCGCUCUCCAAUGCCAAUGGCUACAAUGGCUACCUGCACGAUCAGCAAGACUCGUGUGCUUCUUCCAAUUCCAAGACACAAUCGGCCACGACAACCGAAUCAAAUACACCCGAAAGUACCACAAUGCGUUUAGAUGCCAACUUGUUGGAGCAACAUCAACGCAUGACUACAAAUGUACUAACUACAGCAACACCAAAUGCCAACACAGCAGUUGUAGGCGGCACAACACACCACAACACACGCUGUAAUUACACCAUCGCGUCUAACGGUGAACUUGUGCUCGAAAAUGGCUUAAACGAAAGUGAGAUUAUACGUGUCUCAUGCGCACUGAAGCCCGAAAUGCCGGUGGAGCAGCUGCAACAGGCACUCGCUAAUUUGGAGAUCUGCAUUAAAGGUGGCAACUGCGAGCUGCCAAACAAGAAUUUCCGUGCAAUCAUGAAAAUGUUGCUCGGUCUGUUGGACUCGCAAGCUGCAGAUGUGAUGAUAGCCGUGAUAAGUGUGCUCGGUAAAAUAGUGCGCAGCACCAAAAUGAAAGACACUUGGAUCAACUUCUUAGAGCUGAUUUUGUUGCGCAUAAUAAACUGUUAUCAGCACAGCAAGGAGACGGCGCGUGAAAUCGAUUUGAUCAUACCACGCAUAGUAUCCUCAUUGCCAUUAAACGCAACCAUUAAUAUUGUAAAUCCUGUUAUCGCAACCAGUUCUUAUCCGCUUAACUUGUGCGCUGUCAAGUUGCUCACAGAGCUGGCAGAUCGUCAUGGCGCCGAGUUGACCGAAUUACAUUUGGACAGCGUAUUUCCAAAUCUGGCACGUCUCACUGACGACAGCGAGUCGAUGGUACGCAAGGCUGCCGUUUUCUGCAUCGUUAAACUCUACAUAGUGAUGGGUGAGGAGAAGGUGAAACCGAAAUUGUCGGUAUUGAAUCCAAGCAAAGUGCGCCUACUCAACGUCUAUAUUGAUAAGCAGCGCGGCAGCAGUGGUGGUGGCAGUUCAACGAAAAACUCAUCAGCUUCAUCAUCAUGAUUGCGUCGCUCAUAGAUGUCGGCAUGUGAGGAUGUGAAUGCAGAUGCAGAUCAACGGCUAAUGCAACAACAAAGAUAUUAGCAGCAAUUGAAAUGAAAAGGCAGUGGUGACCUCACAACACCUUGUGACGGUUGUUAUUGAUGAUGAUUAGCCGUUGACUGUAGGUGGUGUGUAUGUGUUGUAUGUGUAUUAGUUUGAAAAAAAAGAAAGAAAAUAAAUAAACAAAAAACAUUUCUUAUUAUCUAGGUAAACGCAUUAAAUGCAAAUUAUAAUACAAAAAAACAGCUUGCGUCAGCAUCAAAGUGGAAUUGGGUGGAGUGUGGUAUGUGGAAAUAUGAAAAAAGUGUCAUUACUUGGAAAUUAUGAAUACGUAAAGUAUUUUUGGCACUUUUAACAUUUGCGAUUUACAGUAAUCGUUCAUGCAGCUGUAUUUUUUUUAAUCUCAUUUGCGAAACAGUUGAAAAGUUUCAACGGUUUUAAGGUAAAAGUCUAACAACACGCUUCUACGUGUUUUUGAAAGUUAUUAAGGACAUUGUGUACAUAAUUUGGUAUCAAAUAAUUGCAAUAUACUGUUAUUUGUUCCUGUUCCACCAGUUGCCUAAUAAAAGCUAUUGUCAUACAUAUUUAUGCAUUUAUUUUAUUCGCACACUAUUCAAUUCCACUUUGGUUUUUUCUUAAGUGUAACGGUUUAUGUAACAAACUACUGCUUAAUGAGUUCGCAUUAGGUAUCUAAAUAUGUAUUUGCCCCCUUUGCUCAAACAAAAAAAAACAAAAAACAAAAAACAAGAAAAAAUAAUGAACAUAAAUGUAAAUUUACAGACACCGUUUAAUUAAUUAAUAACUAAUUGUAAUUUGUUAGUUAUAAUUACCAUUAAUUAAACCGAAUGGUAAAACAAAAUACAAAUUGUAACUAAUUUCUCGCACAUUCUUAAUUCUAAAAACAUUUUUAAUUUACACCAGUAACCUCAGCACUCAAAUAUUGUAGUUCACUUCCAAUUUGUAUGCAGAACAGUGCUUUGUUUUAUUUGUUUAAAUAAAUUUUACAACUCCUAUAUAAGUAUACAUACAUAUUACACAUACGAGUAUAUGACUUUUUUACACAAACUCAUAUCGGAUGAUUUCACUAUUUUUAAUCUGUGUCCAUUCUAAAGUUUUCAUUUUAUGUAUGUGUGUUUUCGUACUAAUUUCUUUUUGUAUAUUUUGCGCGUACUUGUCUCCAGUUUUGUAAACAAUAUAUUUUAAUUACUUGUCUUUCAUGUAAUUACCAACUACAUACAUAUACGUAAGCCUAUAAUGAUUUGCUCCAGAAACGAUACGAAAUUUUACGCAGAACGAAAACAUUAAUGUCAAAUACAUAAGAAAGUUUAAAUAAAUUACAAGAACUAC